AUGGACGAACUUGCCAUACCACAUAUUGCCAUCGAGAACGAAAAUCUCCCAGACACACUGACCUGGGAAGAAAAAGCACUCCAUAUAAACACCGGAAUUCCAGAAAAGCUUCCCCCGAAAGCAAAGCAAACUCUGUUCAGAGAACUUCGUAACACAGACUACCCACAUCAUAAUCAUAUAUACACGGAUGGAUCAAAAACAUCUGAUGGCGUCGGCUGCGGUAUUUUUUCUCAAGAUGCAAAUAUCGUCAUCUGUCUUCCCUCACACUUAUCAAUAUUUAGCGCCGAAGCCUUUGCAAUUAUCAAAGCCCUAGAGCUAUGCACCAUAGGUCUGAACGUUAUAUUCAGUGAUUCCAGAAGCGUUCUCGAGGCGGUGGCUAAUAACAACUCUAACCACCCCUGGAUAAUCAACAUCAGAAAAUUACUCCAUGAAAAACAAGGAAACACAGCUCUCUGUUGGGUACCAGCACAUGUAAAUAUCCACGGUAACGAAAAGGCGGACGCUCUAGCAAAAAAAGGAGCAUCGCUGAAAACCCCAAUCGACAUUAAAACACCCUUUGAGGACUUCAAACGGCUAGUAAACGACCAGAUCAUCACCACCUGGUGCAAUAUAUGGGCCAGUAGCACCAGUAAACUAAGGCGAAUCAAAAACACACCCUUCGAAUGGACAACAUCUUACUCAAACGACAGAUUCAUUAACCGAGUGAUUACCAGGUUAAGAAUCGGACACACCAGACUAACACAUGGCCACUUUGCGAAGAAAGAAGACCCCGCGAUGUGCCCAAGCUGCGGCACCAGAAUAACGGUUGAACACAUUCUUGUCGACUGCCGACUUUACGACGCAGAAAGACAAAGAUGUAAACUAGGCACAUCCUUGCAAGGAAUACUGGGUGACGAUAUUAGCAUUCUAAAGAAAACGGUUGAAUUUUUGAAAGCAGCAAACUUGCAAGCGCAUAUUUAA